CACGCCGUGCGGACGCGUCGCUACGUCGCUCUGAACCGCAUACAGCUGACAGUUACCGGGACCGCAGUGCCAAGGGACUGUGUACUUUGUGAAUCGUGCUCUUUUUAACGGAUACUGACUGCAGUAUUGUGUUGUGUAUAGCGUUAUAAGCGUGUGAUGCGCUCGUGAAGUGAUGUUCAUCAAAGCCGGGCCUCCGGCCGAGGAGGAGCGCCGGGGUUCGGUCUCCAACUGGUUUUCUUCACUACGGCGGGGCGGGCGGCGGCGGCGCGAGGAACCCUCGCCCUCUAACUACGGCUCGCUGGGCCGCCGUAAGGACACGCAGCCCCGCGGCAAGACAAGGUCUGCCUGGGACCUAACUUCGGUAUCUAGACUGCAACUCAAAGAUGAGCUCGGCGAGGUGGUCGCGGAGCUGGAGGCCCUGGACGGGCAGGAGGAGUGCAAGCAGAACAGCAAGGCCAAACAGAUGAGCAUCGGCAGGAAAAAGUUCAACAUGGACCCCAAGAAAGGUAUCGAAUACCUGUACGAGAACGGUCUCCUCCAGAGGACGCCCGAGGAUGUAGCACAAUUCCUUCACAAGGGCGAGGGACUGAGCAAAACCGCCAUCGGGGAUUACCUCGGCGAGCGCUCGGACUUCAACGAGGCUGUGUUACGUGCCUUCGUGGAGCUACACGACUUUACGGACCUCAUUCUGGUGCAGGCACUAAGACAAUUCCUCUGGAGCUUCCGUCUCCCCGGCGAGGCCCAGAAGAUCGACCGCAUGAUGGAGUGCUUCGCGCAGCGCUACUGCCAGCUCAACCCGGACAUCUUCACCAACGCGGACACCUGCUACGUGCUUAGCUUCGCCAUCAUCAUGCUCAAUACUUCGCUACACAACCCUAGUGUUAAAGAGAAACCUGGGCCCGAGCAGUUCGUCGCUAUGAACAGAGGGAUCAACAAUGGAGGGGACUUACCACAUGAAUUGCUCUUGUCAUUAUACGAGUCUAUAAAGACGGAGCCAUUCAAGAUACCGGAGGACGACGGGAACGAUCUCAUGCACACCUUCUUCAACCCGGACAAGGAGGGGUGGCUAUGGAAGCAGGGCGGCAGAUACAAGUCGUGGAAGAGACGGUGGUUUAUACUGAACGAUAACUGCUUGUACUACUUCGAAUACACGACGGACAAGGAGCCGAGGGGCAUCAUUCCACUUGAAAAUAUAUCCGUGCGUCCGGCGUCGGACCGCACGCGGCCGCACUGCCUGGAGCUGUACGCGAGCGGCGGCGCCGACCUCAUCAAGGCCUGCAAGACCGACUCCGAGGGGAAGGUCGUCGAGGGGAAACACACCGUUUAUAGAAUGUCGGCAUCGGCGGCGGAGGAGCGCGACGAGUGGAUCGAGUGCCUGCGGCGCUCCAUCAGCCACAACCCCUUCUACGACAUGCUCGCGCAGCGCAAGAAGAAGGCGCAGCACCAGCACGCCCACCCCGCGCACUAGCCGCACCCACACACUACACACUACCCACUACUCACACGUGGGCCAUGUUAGUGGACUUUUGCUCGGUUUAUUACCCGUUCGUAGGGUUUGCAAUCCGGAUCCGAUAUGUAUGAAAUUAUCCGGAUCUGGAUCCGGAUCCGCGGAUCUUCUCAUACAUUUCGGAUCCGUCGUGCAAACCCUACCCGUUCGGGACGAUGGUUUUGGCUAAACGAGCUCAUACCGUUACGGAUUUGAUGAGACGUAUAUACUGUUGCUCCGGUUUCCUAACAUAGCGGUGCCGUCAUAUAGCGACCGUCUCCAUACAAAUACUACGACAUCGACAUCCAUAUUUAGCCGUAUUAUUUAGUAUGGAGAAGGCCGCUAUAUGACUGCACCGCUAUCCUAGGAAAACUGAUCUUUAGUCUUUGCCCGUAUCCUUGUUAACGGCCCGGGUCGGAUGAGUAUUUUACUAGAAAACGGCGUAUUAUUUUCUGGUUUAGUAGCACGAUUGUUGGCCAAAGUAUUUGACGGAAACGCUGGGUAUAUUCUAACUUAAUAUGCAGCUCCGAAUAACUAUUCAUUGACUAUUAAACGUCAAUUGAAUCAAAAUUGAUCAUUUGACGCGACGUUCAAUGAAAGCCACUGUCAAACAGCGAAGCGCGGUAAACCACUAUGUGCAAAUCUUUCGAGCAUCUCGCUAGUUUCAUGAACUUAGGAGCCUGCUACAAAAAUCUAAAUUUGUGUAUCUGCAUCACUCUAAACUUUAGAGUCUAAAGAGUAUUUUUAGGUAUUCGCGGGAGGCACUCAGUUAACAACUAGUGCACACAAGGUCCUAAAGUGUCAUUAUAUGGAACUUGCUAACUAUGUAAACAAAAUUUCCUAGUAAAUUGAUCACUUCACUAUGGCGUUUUGUUUACAUAGUUAGCAAGUUCCAUAGAAUGACACUUUAAUCUAAACUGUAUUGUGACAAUGACAAUUGUUUUAAAUACGACUCAUCUGUUCCGACGCUCGUUUCGUCCGGUUUUUUUUUUAUAUAUCAGAUCGACAUGUAAAAUUGUAAAAUGGUAUGUACUGUGUCUAAGUAUCCAAAUAUCUUACUUAACAUUACGUUUUAGAUUACAUACUCAACGUUAAUUCAAUUUCAUUACAAUGUUUCCGUGUUACAGUGAUGUAAUGUGCAGCUUUAAUGCAGCUGAAUAUUUAUGCAAUAAUUCAUAUUUAUUACCAACACGGGAAUCUUGUGCUACAGUUUUUAUACACGAAGACGAAUACUUCCGUUUACACAACGGAUACUGAACGAUUCUUUCGUUUUUAAUUUGAUUUGAAGAGCGGCUUAUACGGCGGUGGUUAGUAAUAGUUAAACAACCAAAUAAUCAUGAUAAUGUCACAUGACAAAUAUAUGGGUUUGCUUUAAACAUAUGGCCAUAAUAAGCCCAUAAUUAUGAAUAUGACGUCCAUCUAAAACGUAUAAGACGAGAAUUUAGUUAAUGAUUAGUCAGUAGUCAGACUUCAAUCAUUGUGAUAUUCGCCGCGACAGCAGCCCUUUGUCGCGCUGUCAAACUCCACAGCUGCUGAAACCGUGUCACGAGCGAUAAACGACGCGACAAAAUAUCACUAGCUGUCAUCUUGUCGUAUGUCGCUCGCCGGCCGACGGUAUAUCGUUGUCCAUGUAUAUAACGAAGGAAAGACUGAACACAUGAUAGUGUAAUUUUUACACGAUUUAUUUGAAUUGAAAAUAGUAAAAACAUGGUGCAUUGUACGUGCGUACUGCCAAAUUAUAAUUUAAGAUAAUUUGCGUCUGUAUGAGAAUUUCUAUUAAUUGGAAUUUAUUAAUGUUUAUAUUUUAAAUGCAAUGUUCUUGACAAUAAUAAUUAUGUUUAUCAAGAUGGUUGCUAACCUUGGCAGGUCAUGAUUUAACACUCCUUGAGUUUCUGUUAUUAAUUCACAGGAAGACGUUAGGUAUUGAUGAAAGUAUUACUUUAAAGGUUAAUCUACCAUACGACAGUGUAAAUUAAUGUUUGUAUAAAUAGAUUAGUGUUAAAUUGUCAGUUUAGUGUAAAAAUGUAGUAUAGUUUGAGUUCAGGCUGCGAAGAUGUAAAUAUUUCUAAAUGGAACGUUAUGGACGCCUUAGGGUACUGCUUGUUAGCUACCAUUUUAGUUCACAUUCCUCUCAAACAAUUAUUUGAGGCGCCUUUCAUUAGUGUUAGUUAUCAUGCAUUAUAAUCAUUAGUCACUCAAAAAUGUAACUUCCUUUAGCCCCACUUGCACCAUCCUACUAACCCGGGGUUAACCGGUUACACCGUUAAUCCAGUGUGAAUUACCUAAUAAUCCCUAUUUUCUAUCAAUGUGAAAUACCAAUUGCCAAUAAAUUUAAGAUGUGAAUGUCGACCAGAAUCUUAGAAAUUUCGUAAUUGAGUGUGGUAUUCCACGUGUCUAAUCUCUUUGUCCAAUGUCAGUGCGUCUCAAUCUCUCUUUAAAGUAAAAUGUGAGAAAACAUACACAUUGGACAAAGAAAUUGGAUAGGUGGAAUACCUCCCCUAGUUACGCCAUCGACAUAAUUAUCACCAAGCAUCGACAUGGCAAUACUUCUGUAUACGACUGAAAUUCUUAUAGGUAUCGUCUUGGGUCGUCCCAUUCGUUUUUCGUCAAGUUCUUAAAUUAGUCCUAUUCUGCUUUCGUCACUCAUUCUACAUUCAUCACAAUCGUCGGUGGCUUCCAAUGUAGAAUGCGUGACGAAAGCAGAAUAGGACUAAUUUAAGAAACUUGGCGAAAAACGAAUGGGACGACCCAAGACGAUACCUUCCUAUAUAUUCUCAUUGUUUUUCAAACGACAUGCUUUUUACAUCUUCAUUACUUAAUUUUCCGCGUCUUUUGCAUCUUCAAAGAAUAUGUAAAUGAUGGAGCAUUGUCCUUCACGCCUGUGUUUAUUGUUAUUGUGAUAUGUUGUAUGUAUAUUUAAUGACAUCACCGUUCCUACGUCGCUUGUUACACGCGCGCGUCGUAUGAAUAAUUUAUUCGCCGAAAAGGAAACUAAUCGACCAAUUACAAACUAUUUAACAACUUUAACGUGUUCACAAUUUACUCAACGGUCUAAAUACUAUAUCAGUUAUGGCCUUCAAUGAGGAAAACAGUAAGUAACACUUCAGGCGGAGUGCCAAUUUUAGUACCUACUUGUAAAAAACGGCAAAAUUUGUAAAUUGGUGAGUUGCGUGAGGCCGUUUUAAGUGUCAGGUGUGUUUUUGAGUGACGUCUUAGGUGACGAGGCGCACGCGAGGCCGACAACGAUGAGACAAUGAAUUAAAAUAAUGAAAUAAAAUAAACACAUGAACUGCACAAGUUGCUCUCCUCGCGCGCGCCCGGAUCCUGUACUAAUCGAUCUGUACUAGCCUAAAUAGUAAUAGUUAUAAGUUGUAAAUGCGCCUCUUAAAUGUUAAUUUAUCUCAUUUGUAUGAUUUAUAAUGAUUUAUUGAAUAUUUGCAUAAUAAUGGUGUUGUAAAUAAUUUUGUAAGAAGAUCGAAAUACAUAAAUAUCUUUAUUUAAAAA